GACAGUAAAACCUGACCUGAAUUCCACUAGCCAUUUAGAAAUGACACAGAGAAAACAUAGAAUCUGUUUAUUCUAAUUUUGCUGUUGUUCAGCUUCUUUGGUACAUGCUCCAAGCUAAAUUUUAAACUAGGUGAUUCAGACAGGGCGACAUUCUGUGUGACGUCUUUAUAUUUUUCACUAAAAUAACAAAAUGGAUGCAGAGAGAACAGAAACCUACAAGGAUCAAGAUUCUGAACUGUCCAUUAUGUCUGAGUUCUAAGAUGGAUGCUUUUAUCUAAGGCUCAUUAGCUUCCCAGCAUUGCUAUACUUUUAGCUUUGAUAGCUAUGGCUCAUGCUCAAUUAUAGAAUAAACCAAUGUUUACAGUGGUACUCUAAGAGCUGGUACUGUGUAGAUUUUAUAAAGAGGUCAGGUAACUAAAGGUAUUAAUUGUUACUUUACCAAAAGGGCUGAGUUUAAUUUAGUCAGUUUGCCUGAAAGCCACACUGUACUGUACUGUAUGUUAAAAACCGUUACAUUUUUGCCAUCUGCUGGUUGGGACAGUGAAUUGCACGAGUGAACAUUGUUUAUUUCCUCGUGUAAUUUGCAGAGAAAAAUUAAAAUCUUUGGAUCGACUUAGUGUUGUAAAUCAUAGGGACAUUGCUCCCUUGGGGAUAUUUACAUGAGCUUAUAAUAAUGUACAGUAGAUGUGAUCAUAGAUGCAUCAAAAUAUCAUCUUUCUUUUCAUUGAUGCUGUUGCCACAGUCUAAUUUAAAUGAAUGAGUCAUGUUGCAUCUAAAAUCUUGCUUGCCCCCAUUGGGCUUGUUUUAUAUUAACUAGCUUUUUGUUUUAGUACACUGAAAUUUGUUUUUAUUAUUACUCGCUAUAUCCACUGCCACCCCUGCUGUCACUCACAACCUCAAUUACAUCAACCAUAUAUCUGCCCCAUUCCCUCACUGACCUAGACUCAGAAAACCUCUCCAGUCCUACCCGCCUCAGUCUAUCAGAUGGGUCAGAGGACCAGCUGGACCGCCUCCAGCAAGUAGAGCUGGCCAGGACGACACCCAUGUCUCACUGGAGGGCAGGCACUGUGCAGGCCUGGCUUGAGGUUGUCAUGGCGAUGCCCAUGUACAUGCGUACCUGCUCAGAAAAUGUAAAGAGUGGAAAGGUAUUACUGGGACUAACUGAUGAAGACCUGGAGCUGGGUUUAGGUGUCAGCAGUUUAAUGCAUCGCCGAAAACUCCGCCUGGCCAUUGAAGAUUACAGGGAUGCUGAGAAUGGCAAAGGGCUGUCCAAGGCUGCAGACAUGGACCACCACUGGGUGGCCAAGGCCUGGUUGAGCGAUAUGGGUUUGCCUCAGUACUCCCAGGCCUUUCACACUCACUUGGUGGAUGGGCGCAUGCUGAACUCCCUGACACGUCGUGACCUGGAACGUCACCUUAAUAUCACCAAGAAGUUCCAUCAGGUCAGCCUGCUGUUGGGCAUCGAACUGCUGCACUUACUAAAUUUUGACAAGGAGGCACUACAAGCUCGACGGAUACAGUGCGAGCACCAGAAUGUGGAUCCAUUGAUAUGGACGUCUCAUCGGGUCAUGAAAUGGAUCAGAGAUAUUGACCUCAAGGAAUUUUCGGACAAUCUCCUAAAUAGUGGAGUUCAUGGAGCUGUUCUGGUGCUUGACCCCACUUUCAACACUGACACCAUGGCAACAGCACUUGGGAUCCCCAGCGGCAAGCACAUGGUUCGCCGACACCUUGUUGAGGAGAUGAAAACACUACUUGGCCCGGCCAGAGCCGAUGCCAAACAGGACUAUGAACAUUUAGGUCUGGGAACCCCACCAACCCUGCUUCGCCAGAACUCUCUGGGCAGACCACCAAGCACUAACAGCCGACACACUGAUGAAGAGGGCUCCCUGAGAAGGAGGGCUGUCAAGCCUCCAUCAGGGUUCAGCCCCAAAAACCGCAGUGGAUGGGACUUGAGUUGCCACAGCAGCUACGGCUCUCUGCUUCGGGAAGUACGAGACCAGACUCCACCCAGGACCGAGGGAAGCCCCAUCCGGGGUAACACCUGCAUUGAGGUCACAAAUGUGUGAUGUGAAUACAGCUGCAACAAAGACUUGUGUCAUCCAUGUGGAGCUGAACAUGGAUGGUGUUUCACUGAGCCUUUACUGGACAGAUUGCACUUUGUAAAAGAGACAGGAUUCUUUCCCUAAGUUUCCUGGUUUAAGUCAAUUGUGGACGUGAUAUGUUGGUGUUUUUUUCACAGUAACUUCCCUUUCCCAACACCAGACUGAAGGACUCAAGCUAAAUGAUUAUUUUUGUAUUCUUUGUGUAAACCAUGAUGUGACUUGCUCAUUUGUUUUUGUUUACUAGUUACUAAGAACAUGCAGGGUGUCGCUCUGGGGAAAAUGAGAGUUUAAAAAAAAAAAUCAAAAGACUAUGUAUUAUAUAGGGUACUUUAUGACAAAAUUCAGAAAAAAAAUAAGUGUUUAACACUAUUGUUUUGUUGAUCUCUGCUGUUUGUGAUGCCUUGUUGGUGUGACUGAGGACAAAAACAAACAAAAAAACAGAAAAAUUUUGAACAGAUACUGAAGUUCUUUAGUUGAUGUCGGAGUCCUUUCUCAUCUUGCAGAUUUACACUGUGUCUGAACAAAUGUAGUACCUCUUCUGGGGUAUGCAGUGCAGUAAACAUGACGUAUACAGUAUUUGAGCAAUGCAGCAAAAGAUGGUUGCAGAUAAGAAACAGGAUUGUAGAAAUGAAAGAAUGUUUCUUACAAUGAAAUAAAGAUGAUGUCCAAC